GCGUUUCUGCCUGUGUCCAGGCAAAUCCCCACACUACGUUCAACAUUAAACACACAGCUGCACACACAUAACACAUAUAGCUAAUAAGGGCAACUUUAGGAUACGUAUAUAUCAGAAUAGACACACACAGGUGGAUGAAAAGUUCUAUUUCCGCCGUAACAUGUGUGGAAGAACUGCGUGCACCCUUGCUUCUGACGAAGUGAGCCGAGCCUGCUCUUACAGAAACCGAGGAGGGCAGCGGAGACAGCCCCGCUGGAGGGAUGGAGAUGCGGACAAAUACCGACCGUCAUACAACAAGAGCCCCCAGUCUAUGAGUCCCGUCCUGCUGUCACAGAGGCAUUUUGAUAAGAGUGCUCCUGUCGAUGAGUGUGUGUUGGCCUCCAUGCGUUGGGGUCUGGUACCAGCCUGGUUCAAGGAGAAUGACCCGAGCAAGAUGCAAUACAGCACCAACAACUGCCGCAGUGAGAAUAUUUUAGAGAAGAAAACAUACAAGGACCCCCUGAUAAAAGGGCAGCGCUGCGUCAUCCUAGCUGAUGGCUUUUAUGAGUGGAGGAGGCAGGGAAAAGACAAGCAGCCUUUCUUCAUAUACUUCCCUCAGACUCAGGGAACCAGUAAGGAGAAAACAGAGGAUGACCCCGCGACCUCAGCUCGCAAUAAGGAGAAUUCAGAGACAGCGUGCCCUCCAGAGGAGGCCUCCCCUGACUUGACAGAGGAAGGAGAAGCACCAGGUGAGUGGACCGGAUGGAAGUUGCUGACUAUGGCUGGACUGUUUGACUGCUGGACGCCUCCAGGUGGUGGGGAACCCCUUUACACGUACAGUGUAAUCACUGUGAACACUUCCCAAAGCCUGGAAAGCAUCCAUGAUAGGAUGCCAGCAAUCCUGGAUGGAGAGGAAGAAGUCAGAAGAUGGUUGGAUUUUGGGGAGGUGAAGUCUCAAGAUGCCUUGAAAAUGCUCCAGUCUAAGAACAGUUUGACUUUUCAUCCCGUCUCCUCACUAGUAAACAACUCUCGCAACAACUCUCCGGAGUGUCUUCAGCCAGUGGAUCUCAACAGCAUUAAGGAGUCGAAGCCCACAGCCAGCAGUAAGAUGAUGAUGAGCUGGCUGAAGAGCAGUGCACCUUCAAAGAGGAAGGAACCCAACACAUGUGAGAGCAAAAAAGAGCAAGAAAUCAAGGCAGAGGCUCAAUGCAAGUCAACAGGGGCACUCCAGCAGUGGCUUCAGGGAGCCAAUAAGAAACCAAGAACCAAAUGAAGAUGUGAACCGAAAACUCUGUAUAAAAGACCAGUGAGGCCUUAUUUGUUCCACUUUACUAUUUUGACAAUUGUGAAAAAAAGUGUGUAGUAGUAGUAAGUAUAAAGCUUAGUUAGUAACCGUUUUAAAUGUAAUAUAAAAAUGCUACAGAUUUUUACUAUUAAACUUGAAAAUGUUAAUGUCUGAAAUAAACACAGCAUGUUAAAUUCAAGAUUUUUAUUACCCUUAUUACUUGAAACGCAAAGACAUUUCAAAACAAUGUACCGUAGAUGCUAUGCAUUUCUCAUAUUAAUAAUGAUGAAUGCCAAUACUUCCCCCCACAAAGUUACAGUAUGUAUGCGAUCUUGUAAUCUAUAAUGCAUUUCAAUGUUCUAACAUAAUACAAACCGAGAGUUAAAGAUCUGAUCGGUUAAAAGAAAAGUCAAGCACUUAAAUUGUUGGCCAACACGAGCAACUGGCAGAGUCGGAUAUGGAGAUUUACAACACAACUUUUUGCCUUCUCCACUGAUUGAGAGGUUUGCAAAUAUACAAAGUCUUGCAACAG